GAAAUGUGGCGUUUCUGCGCGUAUAGUUGCGUCGUAGCUGCGCGAGGUCGACAUGUAUCGUCACGACACUUGAAUUGUGUCGUGAUUUAAACCUGACAGGAAACAAUAAUCCACCGCAACCUCCUGACAACAAGAGAUAAACAGCCUAACUCCCAGGGCUGUUCUCCUUUGAGUGACCAUGGGCCGGCUGGAUGACGCCGCCAAGCACAAAGUGGUGGAGCUGAGGAAAGCUGGUCUGAGUUUCCGUAAGAUCAAAGCUGUGCUGGAGCUGGAGAACAUCAAGGUGUCUGCCCAGGCCAUCUACCUGUUCCUGAGGGAGUUCCAAGGGAGGCCCCCAGGGAGGGUCAGACCUGUGGAGGGUGGAAACAGCACAACAAAUGUAGCACACAUGCAAGCUCGAGCUGCGACGAUGCAAGAUAGCUGGAGUAACAUUCAUCUCCAAAACCUACUACGGGAGGCAUCUCACCACGCUGGCUUCACAGCAGCUGCGGACUUUGCCAAACAAAUUUCCACAAAUCCACAGGCUUGUGGAAAGCCACCUGGGUAUGGGGAGUCGAGCGGCGGCAGCAGGUCAGAACAGCAACGCGUGGGAGAUAAGGAAGAAAAUGACAUCCAGAUUGUUAGCGUCACCUCCCUUGCACAGAACAGCCAACAGAGAGGUCCCCAGUGCGCUGUAACACAGGCAGUGAUGGGCGCUGUGUCUUCCACACCAACCAGUGCUGGAGCCUUCACGAGGAAGAGAGUCACAUCUUCUCCAGCCACCAACGCAAUUUUGGCAGCCCGAAAGAGGCUUUUGGAUAAAGCGCUGUCACAAAAGAUGAAGUCAUUCCACCAGGUGGCAUCGUUGUUCAGAAGAGAUCACCCAAGUGUCCAGGGGUCGAAUAUGAGUAGUGCAGUGCCUCAGCUGCCUGAAACAUAUGAUCUGACCACUGAAAAGACUGUUAUGGAGGGUCAGUCUGGAGGAAGUGGUGCCCCCAAGCGUUUUCUGACACAGAGACCAGGUGUGUCUGUCCGUUCUCCUCUCCCUCCUCCUCGGGUUGGCAUUCGUCUUCCUAAUCGCCUGGGAGCACCUUUCACAUCCUCAGCUCCCGGGGGUUCCAUCAUCCGCCUACAGACCACCGGUGGCCAAGGUGCUACUCAUAGUGAGCAAAACCUACAGCAGGCAGCUCAGGACGCGGGGGGGAAAGGUGGUCUGCAGGAUCAAAUUCAGACUCUGGGUUCUGAGGUGCGCGGCCUGGGCCUGGCAGUGAAGAUGCUCGUGGAGCAGCAGUGCCGCCUGGAGAGGGAGCAGGUGCAGCAGACCCACAUUCAGAAGCAGAUUCUCAGCACCCUGCAGAGCCUCGCCCCCAAACUGGGACAGUGUAGCAGUUCUCAACAGCAGCACAACAAAACCCCAUCACCCUCUGCUUUGCCAACAGCUUCUGCAUCUACCUCCUUCAGCCAAGACAACUUCAGCUUUGGUCGGGGCACGUACACACAGUGCAGCCAAACCCAGCCAAGCUACAACUCUUUAGAGAGUUUAGACAAUGUAGAGGCCUUUAAACUGCCAGGACUGAGCCCCACAAGUAUGAAUGGGUUUCCGCCAUGUAGCAAUGCUGAGAACCUUCCACUUACUCACACCCCCACUCAAACGCAACCAUAUGCAGCCGCAUACACACAGCAAACCAGUCAAAAUCUCAUGCCCCCCUACACACAAUCCUACGCCCCUACAUUCACCCAGUCACAUUCUCAGAGUUUCAGAAUAUCAGAGAGCAAGCCAUCUGAUUUCCCAAGCAGCUGCUCAGCGAGGACCCUCCAGGACUGCAGCGUUUCCACGCAGCCGCUGGUGAACUCAAGUCACGCUGCACAAGAUCAGCAGCUCAAUAUUAUCAAAUUGGAGGGGCCGUGAGGGGCCUCUGAUUCAACAAUGUUUUUGGACAAUAAGGGCUUGGAUUUGCUUUUUAAGUCACUUCAGUGUAGUAAUUUAAGACACAUGUUUUUACAAUAAGCAUAGUUGUAGCAUUUUUCCAUUUAUUUAUUAUAAAGUACAUUUUAAGAGAAUACAUACAGCAAUAGAAUGAGGGGAUUACAAUGCUUUAUGGAAAAUGUGGACAGGAUUUGUCUUUACCAUGAUUUUAGAUCAUUUAAAAAUGAUGUGCAGGCACUUUUUGUAAAAAAAAACUUGUUUAUUUUGUAUUAACCUAUUUUGUAUCAGUUGGACUGACAUGAACUGUUACUGUUCAUACCUCUAUGCUCGUUGAUUGAAAAAAGAAUAAAGAGCUGGUUACGAUUGAAGGCA